AUGUCUACCUUUUCGUAUGCACAAGCCGCCAAGGGCGCAUCCGGGACACCGACCCCGUCCAAGACGCCAUCAGAGCCGGAGAAGAUCGACUCCAAUACCGAGGAACAGCCAACCGAGACUACAACGGAGACCACACCGGCUCCCGCUGAAAUUGAGGCCCCUCAAACAUCCGAGCAGGUUGCUGUGGAGGAGAACAAGGAUGAUGACUUCACCACCGUCACCAACAAGCACGCUGCUAAGAAGGCCGUUGCCUCCCGCACAUCAAGUCCGAGCGUCCGCACCAACUCCAAGUCCAACAAGCCCAAGGAGGACGACUCUUCAAAUACCCCGAACGGAACUGCAGAGGCCACUUCUGAGAAGCAGGCUUCUACUGAGGGAAAGACCGAUGCCGCUGCUGAGAAGUCAAGCGAGAAGUCCGAGGAGGCCGCGAAGGACGCUGCUCCUCCCAAGGAGCUGAAGGCUGCUCCUCUCCCGUCUAUCAACAUCUGGCAACAGCGCAGAGAGGCACAAGACGCCAAGGUCAAGACCUCUCCUAAGCCUGCUGCUACUGGGAAGGCUAGCUCCACCAAGGGUGCUUCCGCAGUCGAUGAGUCCCAGCAGGAUUCCAAGGCCUCCAAGAAGAAGGGCACCGAUAGUGCAUCAGAAGGUACCAAGGCCUCCAAGAAGACCGAGGGUGGAAAGGGACGCGAUGCUGGUAAGAGAUUUACUCACAGAUUGUGCCAUUAUAAACCGCGCAUGCCAUGCUCAUUUGGCUUUGGCAUGUGUGAUGUUCCCCCAGUUGAAGAUUCUACCGCAUGGCCCACUCCCCAGGUCGCUAUUGGCGAGGAGAAGAAGAAGGCUCAAGAGAAGACCGAUAAGAGCCCCGUGAUCCGCCCCCAUGGAAAGGAGAAGUGGACUCCCGUUCCUUACGUCCCUACUGCUGUAUUCAACACCCCCCUGCCCUCUGCCGGCGGCAGCGGCGGCGGCCGCGGAGGCCGACGUGCCACUCGCGGUGGCCGUGAUUCUGGCCGUGGAGCCCACGGCAAUGGUGCUCCUGCUACUGAUAAGGCAGCCUCUGGACAGGCUGCGCAGGGCAAGCAGGCCACUGGAGACCGCGGAAGAAACGACGCUACUGGACGUGCUGCGUCCCUUCCUGCUCAGUCCAGACGCUCCACCAGCACCGAGGCUGGUGUUUCUGCUGAUGCUCGCAAGGCUCCCCAAGCCCCCGAACGUAGCCGUGGAGCUCGCAAUGGCGAGGAGACCGCCAACAAGCAGGCCAACGGAGACAAUGUUCCCCGCGCCCAGCGCGAGGGCAAGUCCUUCGGAAAGAACCAGGAAGCUCGCAAUGGCAAGGGCGGAAACCUGACCGUCGACUCGCAGGCUGCCGCCCGCACUAAUGACCGUCGCUUUGAUGCCGGCUCGAAGUCUGCUGACCCCGCUGGCUUCAACGAGUUCAAUCGUGGUGAAUUCCGUGGAGAGCGUGGAGGCCGCGGAGGUAACCGUGGCCGCGGUGGUUACAACAACUUCAACGGCCAGGGUGCUCAGUUCAACAAUGGCGCUCUGCCCAACCACUUUGCUCCUUCCAAGUCCUUUGGCGGUUUCAACGAUCGCCAGCGGUCACAACAGCACGGCCCUCCCAAUGGUGCUCAGCAGAACUCCCGUAUGCCUUUGAGAUCGCCCUCGCUGCCCAACGGAAAUGUCUAUGGUGUCUACCCCUUCCCCACUGAUGUUAACACAAUGUACGGCUACCAGGCUAUGAACUCUGGUCCCAUGAGUGCUGUGCCCUACCAGCCUUACAUGGAGCCAUACUCCCUCAUGCCUUUGCUGUCCCUUCAGCUCGAGUACUACUUCUCAGUUGACAACAUGUGCAAGGACAUGUUCCUCCGCAAGCAUAUGGACUCUCAGGGCUUUGUUCCCUUGCACGUCCUUGCCAGCUUCAAGCGUGUUAAGUCCCUGACCGAAGACUUCGAGCUUAUCCGCCACGUCGCUCGUCAACUCCGCAAUGUUGAGUGCCAGACCGGCGAGGACAACGUCGAUCGUUUGCGUGUCAGAGACAUGUGGCAGCAGUGGGUUCUCCCCGUUGAAAUGCGUGAACCUGUUGCUCAGCACAACGGCACACCCGCCGCCAAGAACGAUGAGAACACCCCUGUGAACGCCAUCAAUGGCUCUGCUCCCCAGUUUGUUCCCAACGGAGUUGCCAAUGCCGCCAAGACAUCGCUUUCGUCCGCCGCCCCCGAAUUCAUGCCUUCAUUGCCUCAAAGUGCAGUGAACGAAAUUGCCAAUGUAGGAGAUUACCCGGACCCCCCCUUUCGCAAGAUGCGGCAUCGACUUGCGCGCGGAUUAGAUUCGCAUUCCGAAUCCCCACCCUCUUUUAAUUCGACGUUGGAAAAUUCAGUGAGGUCUGAUCUGGAUCACUCUCAACCCAAAGUCGAUGGUACUUCCCAUUCAAAAUACAGACAUUGGAAGAGAUGGAAAUACAAUCAUUUAAAGAGGAUGGGUCGUCCGUCCACAGAAACGUCUAACUAUGUCCCUCAACUUUUUAUCUUUUCUAGCGAUGAACCUUGCGACGAGCAAGGCCGAUCAGUGGCCAAAAGAAAUACCCCUGUUGCCACCCUGCCUUACUCUGACUGGUCUGAGACCCUGAGAAGAAAUUUCGAUUCGAACCUGUACAAUGAAUUUAGGCGUUCAGCCCUUGAUGAUCUUUUUACACGACACAUUGACACUGGAUUCAAGGCUCUUAUGGGUUUUUAUCGGGAGGCUCUCUAUGCCGGCCGUAUUUAUUCCAUUGUGAUGUUCGACAUGAUCAAUCUUUCGAAGUAUCCACAUCACGGUCAUUCCACCAUCGCUUUUGAUAUGAUUCAUGACGCCAUUGCCAGUGGAAAAAUGUAUCCGCAUAACCAGAAAACUGUCAACAAACAAUUCAAUACCCUGCACGGCAACCUGCCCCGAGAAAAGUUACAACGUUGA